AUGUCCGACAGACAGGCUGUCGUUACCCUCCAUCCUCUUUUUUUUCCAGACGACCUCCCUUUCCGCUCUCUGACCUUUGCUUCGGACUCCGACCAGAUCAGUAUCGGAAGAUCCUCGAAACGGGAAGCCAAGAACCUCGUUCCUGCUCACCACAAUGCGUGGUUCGACUCUCGUGUAAUGUCCCGGAAUCAUGCAACGCUGAGUAUCUCUCCAGCAAACAAGUGUGUCUACAUCCGUGAUGGUGGCUCCCUGCAUGGCACUUGGGUCAACGAUCAGAAAGUCCCCAUCCACCAGGAUGUCGCUAUCCACAGUGGUGAUGUGUUGACCUUCGGGGCGGAAGUUACUCGUGGCGCUGAAACUUUCCCACCCCUGAAGGUUAGAUGUGAAUGCCAGUGGUUUGAUGACCGGGACGGGGCAUCAGUCUCUAAGCCCCAGAAAGAGAUUCCCACCAAUUGCUUCUCUGUUCCUGAUUACGACGAUGAUAGUGACAUCGAUGACUAUGAUUCUGUCAAUAAUGUGAAAGUUGAACGCACCAGCAGCUGGGAAGACGAUGGUUCAUCAAGUCCACGUACAUCGAACCAUCCAGCCUCCGAAAAUUCGACUGCAGUAACCUCGCCGUCGGCUAAGGAUACCGACGUUAACAUCAGCGAUGCAGAUAACCAGGAGAGUAGCCCUCAUAUCUCUGACAAUACCGCCGAUUCUAAUAAUAAAGCUUUUCCAAAUGCUGAGCAACCCCUUGUGACCCCACGAGGAACUUCCCCAGUUAUGAAUCGCCCCGAUACCGAACCCAUGCCUACCGAGGUGGAUCAUUCCUCGAAGCUACACUCGGGGCCAGCGAACUCUGAUAAAGGUCUAGCUGCGUCGAACUCCUCUCCUUGGGGUGCCACGAGUGUACAGUCGGAUGAUGACUGGAGCAAGGAGGACCACUUUGACAUAGACAAUGAUUCAAUUUCCCAGUCUUCCUACGGACAUGGUGUGGAGCUAUCAAACGGAGAAGAUGAUCCUGUAGUCUCAGUCGAUUAUUCCAAGACUGAAAGUCACUUCCACCCUGAUGUUACGUCUUCCAGCUCACAUAACGUGGACAACAAAUAUACACAGCAGUCUGCUCAUAUUGGACCUUCCUCUCAUGCCAGCGUGGCUGAACUCCACCAGGCUGAUGGCCCUGCCUUCAGCAUGGAGACGCAUAAUAGCGAACAGGAGCAAAGCAGACCCAGUGCUUUCUGCUACAACGCAUGCUCGUUCCAGGAGAAUUGGACGGCCAAGCCUGCAUCCGGUCCCAGUCCAUCUUUCAGACCCGCUGACCGGCCGCUUGACCCUCCUCUCAGCAGCAUUUACUGCUUCCUUCCAACCCCAUUCGAUGAUUGGGCACCUGGAAACUCUGCUGCAACCGGUUCAUAUCCUCUCCAGAGUCAAAGUGUUCCCUCUGUCCCUUAUACCGAUGGACCUUUUGUCAACAGGGAAUCGCAACCGGAAGCUCAGAACGAGGGCACAUCUGCUCAUCUCGCAAGCUCCAGCAAUGACUGUUUCAGGAAUCGACUUGAUCUUCGGGAACUUCGUCAGUUUCCUAAUUCUGCCAAUCUGCCGAAACCGAACUUUUCCUUGCCUUCCAGCGUGGGCGCCGACCGCGAGACCGGGAAGCAGCUGUCAGGUGGACCCACCUCGAUGAAAAGCCGGGUCUCUAUCGCUGAUAUCGUUGAUACGUCACCGUUGGAGCCGCGCACAAUCCAGAAACCAUCGAUGAAGAGGAAAGCGGCAGAAAUGGAGAUUGAUUCAGUUGGAUCCGAACCCGCCGCUCUUGCGGCUUCUUCAAGCAGGGGACACGAGAUAUCUUUACAGGACGCUCAGAUUCUUCCUAGGACCCCCGAGGAGUCGACAAAGGCUCUCCCCGAUCUCGUUCCUAUACAGAUCAAUGAAGAAGACGAAAGGCGCCGUAAGCGCAUUAAGACGACACAGGAAUCGAGAAGGAGGAGCAUUGUGAGCCACGUCACCACCGCUGUCGUUGGAGCCGUCGUUGGAGGACUUGGAACGGUUGCCCUACUCGCAUCUCUUCCGCCUGACUUCUUCCAGUAA